ACAAACACAACUCACAACUGAUAAAAACAUUUUUCCAAUAUUUACCUUCUUCUUCCCUUAAUUGUUUAAUUACGGCGUAGAUUAUAUAGUCCAGCAUGGCUCGUAACGAAGAAAAAGCACAGUCUAUGCUGUAUCGGUUUCGUGAGGCUCAAGCAGCCGAACUAGGCCUCGGUAAACCUAAAAUGCGUAGACCUAAUUAUGCUGGAUCAGUCAAUACAGUACAAGAAGCGGAACGCUGGCGUAGAGAUUUGUUAGGUGAAAUCUCACGAAAGAUCUCUAAAAUACAAGACGUGAGUCUAUCUGAUUAUCAAGUGCGCGAUCUCAACGAUGACAUCAACAAGUUAAUGAAUCAAAAAUAUCACUGGGAAAGAAGAAUUAGAGAGUUAGGUGGACCUGACUAUACACGUUCAGCACCAAAAAUGAUCAAUUAUGAAGGAAGAGAAGUUCCUGGAACCAGAGGAUACAAAUAUUUUGGGCGAGCAAGAGAUUUACCAGGCGUGAGAGAAUUAUUCGAAAAAACAGCACCCGAACAAACCACUCGCACCCGAAGUGAAAUUAAUCGUGAUAUAGAUGCAGAUUAUUAUGGGUACCGUGAUGAAGAGGAUGGUAUAUUAUUAGAGUACGAAAAGGCACGCGAACAAGAGUUGAUCGAAAAGCUAUUCCAGCAACCUGAUGAUGAGACACGAGUAGCACAGAAGGAGUCCGAAGAAAUGGAUAUAGAUUAUGAGAAUAAAAUGAAUGGUGCAUCAAGCGAGCAUGCUGGUACAGUGCCAUCGCAGAAAGAAAUAGAAGCAUAUUUAGUGCAGCGGCGGAAACAGCAGCUGUUGGAUAAGUAUGUUUCUGAAGAUUUAAAACAAAGUGAGGAGGAGACAAAGCAACUUACGGGACAGCUUUGAAAGUUAUUCAAUAAAUAUAACGUUUAAGAUUGUAAAGAAGCUAUUAAUAACGCGCAUUUAUAUUGUUUAAUCUGUUUGCGAAGGUUGUGAGUUUGUUUUUGUUUUGUUUUUUUUUUUUUGGAUGUGGUCUAUGAACCAUGAUUCCAUAAAGAGCAUUUUGUGAAUACUGUUCUUGUAUACUCGAUCACUUUCUGGCUUUCAAUGAGGAGUUGGAAUCACUUGUUUU